AUGGUCGGCACGCACAACCUCCAAGCUUCCAAGCUCUUCAACGUCGAUGGCUGGGCCUGUCUCAUCACGGGCGGCGGCACCGGCAUCGGUCUGAUGAACGCUCAAGCGCUUGCUGCCAACGGCGCCCGCGUGUACAUUACGGGGCGGCGGUAUGGGGUUCUUGUGAAUGCGGCCAAGGAACAUAGUCCCAAAGAGGGAAAUGGCAAGAUUAUUCCCAUCGGCCCCUGCGACGUCACCAACAAAGAGUCACUUGAAUCGCUCGUGCACAAGUUCUCGUCGCUUGAACCGCAUCUCAACCUGCUCGUCUGCAACGCCGGCAUCUCGGGCCCCAAAGCCGACCCGUCCGUCUCCUCGUCGGCCAAGGACAUUGCCCACGAGCUCUGGACCAAGGAAAACUUUUCCGACUGGUCGUCCGUCUUCACCACCAACGUUUCGUCCGUUUAUUUUACUACCAUCGCCUUCUUGCCUCUGCUGCAAGCCUGCAGCGCCGCCCACCCCGAGGGCCACAACCACAUGGCGGGCAACGUGAUCGUCAUCAGCUCCAUGUCGGGCAUCAUGCGCAACGCGCAGAAACACUUUGCCUAUAACGCGUCCAAGGGGGCGACGGUGCACUUGACCAAGCUGAUGUCGACCGAGUUUGAGAAGACGGGCGUGCGGGUGAACUCAAUUGCGCCCGGGUAUUUCCCGAGCGAGAUGACGACGGGGGAGAGUGAUGAGAAGAAUAAGAGCGAGUUGUCGGAUGACAAGGUCAAGGGACACGGACACAAGGUGCCGGCGCAGAGGGCGGGGCAUGAUGAGGAGAUGGCCAUGGCAGUGCUGUUUUUGGCCAAGGAUCGCUAUGUCAACGGGAGUGUGAUUUGUGUGGAUGGCGGUGUUUUGGGGGUUGUGCCUGGUAACUGAGGUGAAUACCUAUUCAGGUGAGGAGGAAGAAGGAAACGAUAACAGCAGCAUAUCAAUGGCGUUCGGAGUUUGGCCUGCAAACAAUGAUGAUGACGCAGGGUAUAAAGUUAUAACAGGAAUAAAUGAGAAUCUCGGUACCGAAACAAUUGAUUACAUGUAGAUAUUACG